AUGGACCUACCUGAUUAUCACCAACUACAACCACAGCCCCUCUUCCAUCACCCUGGCAACUACCCAGAGGAUCCGUUAUUAUUGGAAGAAUCUUCAAAAUGUCAGGAAUUAAAGGCAGAGCCUGAGGAGAGUUGUCCCAUCUGUGGAGACAAAGUGUCGGGAUACCACUAUGGACUGCUCACUUGUGAGAGCUGCAAGGGCUUCUUUAAGCGCUCAGUGCAGAAUAACAAGCGUUACACCUGUGCAGGACAACAGAGCUGCCCUAUGGACCUUUCGCAGAGGAAACGUUGUCCUUCAUGUCGCUUCCAAAAGUGUUUGGCAGUGGGCAUGAAGAGAGAGGCAAUAAGAGCAGAUCGUAUGAGAGGUGGCAGGAAUAAAUUUGGCCCACUGUACCGGCGGGACAGGCAGAUGAAACAGCGAAAGGUUUGUCACCAGACAAACACUGCUCCCUACAGGAUUAAGAUGGAAACUACUCAAAAACAACACCGACCCUCAGCUCCAAAUGAUCCUCACCUGAGCCAUCACACAAGUGCUUCAUUGUCUUCUGAUCCUUUCCAUCAGUCCCACAUGUAUCCCUCUGGCAUGGGGCAGUCGAGUGCACCCAUGCCUAUAGACUGCGAAAUGAACGCAGACAGGGAGCUCAACCCUCUUUCGCUGCCCUACCCUGGACUAUACCACCGCAUCUACCCUGGAUACCUGCAGGAGAAAGGAGAAAUGACUUUUAGCUACAGUCCGGCUCCAGCAAACUAUGUGCAUCCAACUCUGAAUGAUUCAUUUACACCAAUAAGCACACCAACACAAUCCCCGUGCCCAACGCCAAACUCCACCAUUCCUUUCUCCCGAGCUCCCACCCAAACCCACUACACAUCAGGCACUCUUACACCCAACUUCCUGAGUCAACUCCUGGAGGGGGAGCCCGAUGAGAGCCAGCUGUGUUCCAAGGUGCUCGCCAGUCUGCAGAGAGAACAAGCCAACAGAGGCAAACACGACUGUCUAAAUACAUUCAGCAUCAUGUGCAAAAUGGCUGACCAGACCCUGUUUGGGCUUGUGGAGUGGGCCAGGAACAGCGCACUCUUUAAAGAGCUCAAGGUGGAUGACCAGAUGGUGCUGCUGCAGAGCUGCUGGAGUGAGCUGCUGGUCCUGGAUCACCUCUGUAGACAGGUGACCUUCAGCAAAGAGGGCUGCAUAUAUCUGGUCACAGGACAGCAGAUUGAUGUUUCAACCAUCAUCUCUCAGGCAGGACCGACACUAAGCAGCCUGGUAUCGAGGACUCAGGAUUUAGUGUACAAACUGAAGUCAUUAAAGCUGGACAGACAAGAAUUUGUCUGUCUCAAACACUUGGUGCUAUUCAACCCUGAUGUGAAGUCAGUCCAGAGUCGCAGGCAGGUGGAGCAGACACAGGAGAGGGUAAACAGAGCCCUCAUGGAGCACACCCAGCAGAGUCAUCCAAGACACUCAGACAAGUUUGGCCAGCUGCUGCUACGGCUUCCUGAAGUACGCAGCACUAGCCUCCAGGUUGAGGAGUAUUUGUAUCAGCGCCACCUUCUGGGAGAUUUGCCCUGCAACUCUCUACUCACUGAGAUGCUGCACACCAAGCAUAACUGAGAAAAUGCUCUAUUUUUAAAGACACAAGAUAGAACAGCCACAGUUUACUGCUGUGAGUUUUUAUGUCCUUUUAUGGCCUUUCAGACACAACAGCAGUUUUUACCUUUUUUUGACCCAUUGUUGGAAAUUGUAAACAUCUCUUUAACAGCACAUCUCAGUUCAAUUACAGAAUUGACGGUAACAUUUGUGGUCCAGGAUCAACAUUCAACCUUAACCUGUCUCCUAAUUCUCCUCGGAUGCCCAUCAUUAACAGUAUUAUCACAGCUAAACAGCAGCUAAUAUU